CACCUUUCUCUACCCUCAACGAGCUCCCCAGUCCAACGAUGGAGAUCGGAGUGGUACUGCCACUGCGCGCACAUGAUUUCAACUUCGAUAGCUCAUGUUCUUCUCCAUACAUGACUGCUCCUUCCAGCCCUCAGCGCUUCGGCAACUUCUUCUUCAGCGCUCCCACCAGCCCCACUCGCACCUCCACCUUUUACCAUGACUUCAAUGAUGCCUAUAGCUCCCCAUCAGCAGUUCCCUUCAGUUGGGAGGAAAAGCCCGGAACUCCAAAAGCCAGUGGUUCCAGAAGCAAAAACGUCAAUUGCGACGACGGGGACGAAGAUUUCGAGUUCAAUUUUAGUAAGCAGUUGGAGAGAACACCUUUAUCUGCGGAGGAGCUUUUCGACGGUGGCAAAAUUCGGCCGCUUAAACCACCGCCGGGUCUUAACUCCCCAAGAUCUCCACGAUCGCCGAGGUCACCGAAAUUGAGAAUUCCCCUCAAAAAAGACUUCGAUCCAUUUGCCAUAGCAUUUGAGAAGACGAGAACAGGGGAAGAUAUCGGAAAAAAACAGAGAGGGAGACAGAGAUCCCCUGUUUCUUCAAAUUCGAGCUAUGUUCAUAAAGGAAGCAGAUCUUUUUCUCCCCUGAGGGUCUCCGACAUCAUGUUAGACCCAGAUCAUGACAGUCCACAAUUGGGAAAAUCCAACAAUCCUGCACCGACCUCGAGAACUCUGAAGUCUUACGCUUCCUCAAUUUUGUCAGUAAUUUCUUUUUCCAAAGGACACAGAAAAUGGAGAUUGAAAGAUUUUCUCUUAUUCCGGAGCGCAUCGGAAGGUCGGGCAACGGACAAAGAUCAGCUGAGGGAAUACGCACUGCUUUCCAAAAACGAAGCAGAAGAUGUGAAAAAUUCAAGUUUCCGGUCAACGGAGAGUGUCUGGUCGGUAUCGAGCCAGAGGAGAGGAGAGAUUUCUGCUCACGAGUUGCAUUACACGGCAAACCGGACUGUAUCGGAGGAAUUGAAGAGGAAGACGUGCUUGCCUUACAAACAGGGGCCUCUGGGGUGCUUGAGGUUCAACACUGGCAUGCAAGAAAUUUCCAGGGGAAUUGGGUCUUUGACACGUGGAUGAUUCCAAUCAGCAUAAUCUGGUUGAACAUAUAUAAUUUUAAAUUUUCUUUUUGUGCUACAAAACUAAAAAUUUUUGUGGUUAUAGGUGUGCCUAUUGUAGAAAGUAGACCAAGUACGUAUGUGAUUGCAUCAUAAUAAAUGGACCUCUAGAAGAUUACAAAAAGAUAUGUUCGAAAUGCUCUAAUUUGUUUGGUUUAUUUGAUGAGUGAUUUUACUAAAUAUUCAAAGCAUAUAUGUAAAUGUAUAUUGUAAUUAUCAAGAAAUGUUUGUAAUGCAG